AUUGUAGUCAAGGAACGAUUAGCUGCCUAGCUUUUAUGUACUAAAAUCCAACAUUUGCAGCUGACGAGAGGUCCAGGUAUAUACAGUAGGUACCAUGUUGGUCCCCAUAUUCACUCUUAAGCUGAACCACAAGAUUAACCCUCGCAUGGUGACUGUUGGGAAAUUUGAUGGAGUCCACCCAUGCCUUACUGCAGCCACACAGGCUGGAAAGGUUUUUAUCCACAACCCACAUGCUCGUGGUCAGAGACCUGUGGCCUACAGACUGAGCCAGAGCACCCAGGACUCUGACAUCUCUCUGCUCAACAUCAACCAGGCCGUCACUUGUCUGACAGCAGGAAUGCUGGGACCAAACACCACUGGGGACACACUGUUGGUGGGAUCUCAGACCAACCUGCUGGCCUAUGAUGUCCAUGACAAUGCUGAUAUAUUCUACAGAGAGGUGACGGAUGGGGCCAAUGCUAUUGUGUUGGGGAAACUCGGUGAUAUCAAGACUCCUCUUGCCAUCAUUGGAGGGAACUGCGCCUUACAAGGCUUUGACUAUGAGGGCAACGACCACUUCUGGACAGUAACUGGAGAUAAUGUUAGAUCUCUGGUGCUCUGUGACUUCACGGGGGACGGGAAAAAUGAGCUCUUGGUAGGAUCGGAGGACUUUGACAUCAGGGUAUUCAAAGAGGAUGAGCUUUUGUCUGAGAUGACUGAAAAUGAGACAGUAACAUCACUGUGCCAUAUGCAUGGCAGCAGGUUUGGCUACGCCCUGGCCAAUGGCACGGUGGGAGUUUAUGACCGCACUGCCCGCUACUGGAGGAUUAAGUCUAAGAAUCAUGCAAUGAGCAUCCAUGCCUUUGACCUAAAUGCUGAUGGGGUUGUGGAGCUUAUCACCGGCUGGUCCAAUGGAAAGAUUGAUGCUCGUAGCGACCGCACAGGCGAGGUCAUUUUCAAAGAUAACUUCUCUUCUUCUGUGGCCGGAGUCGUGGAGGGAGACUACAGGUUGGAUGGACAGCAACAACUUAUCUGCACCUCCAUAGAUGGGGAGGUCCGUGGUUACCUGCCAGCCAGUAAGGACCUUAAAGGGAACCUCAUGGACUCCAGUGCUGAACAGGACCUCAUUAGAGAGCUCAGCCAACGCAGACAGAAUCUGUUGCUGGAGCUACGCAACUAUGAAGAGAAUGCCAAGGGUGUGUCAGAGACAAACAGUGGGAUGGGUGUCAUACCAGCCAACACUCAGCUCCAGACGGCACUGUCAGUGAGACCUGCUACAGAGUCCCAGAAGGCUCAUGUAGAGCUCAACAUUUCAACACCAAAUGAAACCAUUAUUCGUGCAGUGCUCAUCUUCGCAGAGGGGAUAUUUGAGGGGGAGAGCCAUGUUGUCCACCCCAGCGCCCAGAACCUGUCAGGCUGUGUCCGAGUCCCCAUUGUCCCCCCAAAAGAUAUACCAGUAGAUCUGCACAUCAAAGCCUUUGUAGGGGGGAAAAUUAGCACCCAAUUCCACGUGUUUGAAAUCACUCGUCAGCUGCCUCGUUUCUCCAUGUAUGAGAUCACAGUUGAUUCCUCAACUGCUCCCCCCUCUGGAAGGGUCACCUUCAGCAUCAAUGAUCGACCACAGCGGGUGGUGAUGUGGCUGAAUCAGAACUUCUUACUUCCUGAAGGAGUUGACAGUCCUGACGUCACUUUUAAUUCACUGAGAGGAGGUGGACUGUUGUCCAUCAGCAUGGCCAGCAAUGGACAGAUCACUCUGAGAACCGAUGACAUUGACCUGGCAGGAGAUCUGGUCCAAUCACUGGCCUCUUUCCUGGCAAUAGAGGACUUGUCAGCAGAAGCAGACUUCCCCGGAUAUUUUGAGGAGCUACGUACUACACUCACUGAGGUGGAUGAGUUCCACUCUGUACACCAGAAGUUAACUGCAGCAAUGGCCGACCACUCCAACUACAUCAGGAACAUGCUGGUGCAAGCAGAGGAUGCUCGCCUUUUGGGUGACAUGACAACUAUGAAGAAGCGUUAUAGAGAGCUGUACGAUUUAAACAGGGAUCUGAUCAAUGAAUAUAAAAUCCGCUCUAACAACCACAAUGCACUGCUGGCCUGCCUCAAGUCUGUCAAUCAGGCCAUACAACGGGCUGGUAGACUCCGAGUGGGUAAGCCCAAGAACCAAGUGAUCUCUGCCUGUCGAGAUGCCAUCAAGAGCAAUAACAUCAACGCACUCUUCAGGGUCAUGAGAGCUGGCACUGCAUCCUCCUGAGGGUGGAAGGAGGGAGAAUGCAGGAAUGGACACAUAGACUGAAAGGGGGUUGGUCACAAAGACAACCGAUCAGCACUGCAAUGUUGGAUGUCAUCUAUUUUAAGGAUGGCUGAUAAAUAAUGAGCUUGGGAUGAGGCCGACAUAUGAACUUGAAAAGUAGAGGACACUGGUGGAAUUAGGAAGCUGUUGUAGCCUUAAUCUAUCUUUUUCCGUGAUUUAGGAAUAAGCAACAGCAUGACAACAACAUUUGGCACCAGCUCCAUAAUACUUUCACUGUACUCGAAACUUGAAAUUCUGCUAUAGUACAGAAAUAACAUGCUGACCACAGCUUAGUGCACUGUUGCAAUUAUCCUCCUUCUCAGUCGAGAAGUAUGGCUGUUUGAAAGAGCUUGAUUUUUACAUGUUAGCUGAGUAAUUGUUAAAAUUGUUGCGAGAGUUCAGCUGGACACAAACAGAGACUGUAGUACAAUGAUGUUUUAGAGGAAUUCAUUUUAAUUCAGUAAUGUGAAAGGCUUGACAUAUUGCUGCUGUCUAAAACUCAUGCAAAACGAAAAUGUGUCUUUUUCUUCAGCUAUACACUCACAUCUGAUAGCGUCAGUAGUUAAAAGAGAAAGAGGUGCUCCAGGUGAUGUCACAUAUUAGUCAAAGGAAUGUUUUAAAAAAAGCCAUCCAAACUGUUUCCACAAAGACGUGAGGGUUUGUAGAAAAUGACUACGUUGGAUUGGCACCCUGGCUGUUUAAUCUGAUGUUUAGAGAGAGCACAGCUGGAGUGAGACAGAGCAGCUUCCUCUCAGAUGGAGAGUUGUGCCAUUGAAAUCAGUGGUGGCCCUGAUGUCCUGUGUGGCAGCUCACUCAGGCUGCUCCCAGCUGAUGUGUGUUUGUGUGGUGUUUGUAGCCAAAGAAAACUGUUUUAAAUCAAUGAAUGUCACAGAGGACCAAUGCUGUGUGUUUAA